CCACACUUUGUAACCAUCUUAAUUAGGUCCCAAGAAAAAAAGAAAUAUAAUUGUUAAAUUCGCUUGUAAAACUCUUUGAAUAAUAAUAUGCAAUAAUUGCUUCAACAGGCCAGGUUCAAUCCGACCCGGCCCGGUCAAUUUGGGUCGAAGUUGGGCCUGAAUUUUUAAUUUGUGAGCCCCAAAAAUCACGCUCGGCCUUAAGCUCAGCUCGGCCUGCAACUUAGUCAGCUGUAGACUUAAUCGACGGUCGGGAUUGGCUCAGGCACUUUCCAGCUUCACGAUAUAUAAAUAAUGGUCUGUUCCUAUCCUGUUCCAUUUGAAACAUUUGCCCCCGCCAAUCUCCUUCCCUCCCACUCUCCCCGCUGCGACGCGCGCAAGAACUCCACGAAGCAGGCGACGAUCGUGUUCCACUCCUCCUCUCUUCGAUUAUAGCUUCUCCAAGAAGCAGUGGAAACAGCGGAGGAGAAGAAGCACUUUUCCGAGAAGCCGUGCGAAAAGCGCAGGAGAAGAAGCCCUUUUCUCCCCGCUUCGCCAUCGGCGGGAUCCAUGGCGAAAUACUCGAUCGCCGAUAAAGAUCUCAAUCUCGUCGUCCUCCGCUAUCUCCUUGACUCAGGUUUCAAGCACUCAGCAUUUUGUUUUGAAAAUGAGUUGCGGGAGAACGGAUGUGGCGUUGAUGGAGAUACAAUUUCAUUUGCUACUCUAAAAACAAUUAUGCAAAACAGCAUCCGGCACAAAGUGUUGGAACCUAACGCGAGCAAUUUGUUGACUCGCCAGAGUGACACUGACACAGAUGAAGACUUUUCUUUUCUCAAACCUAUGGACAUUAUCAAGGAAGAUGCUAAUGAGCUGAAAGAAAUCAUAAAGAAGAGAAGGGAGAAAGAGAAGGACGAAGUAGAGGAAAAGCAAGGGCUUGAACAAGCAGACAUCUCCCCUGACUCUCGCUCGUUAUCCUGCAAGACUUCUAGAUCUGAUUUGACUAUUUUGGAGGGCCAUACUUCUUGGGCCACUGUUUGUGCAUGGAGUCCAACAGAUUCUUUACUAGCAUCUGGAUCUUCAGACUGGACGACUAGGAUUUGGAGAAUUCCACAUGGCCAUUGUGGAUCUGGUGAACAAAAAUCUCCUUCAAGUUUUGUGCUGAAACAUUUUAAGACUGGAAAGAUAAGAGAUGCUAGUGAGGAAAGAGAUCUCCCAAGCCUUGCUUGGAAUGGUGAUGGUUCAUUGCUUGCCACAGGUUCUUGUGAUUUUUUGGCAAGAAUUUGGGGUUGCGAUGGAGAAUCGAUAACAACUUUGGAUAAACAUAAAGGCUCUGUGAGUUCUUUGAAGUGGAAUGAGAAUGGUGAUUUUCUUCUGAGCGGAAGCUAUGACCGUACUGCUGUAGUCUGGGACACAAAGACAUGGCAGCGUAAGCAACGGUUCAAAUAUCAUUCAGAUAAAGUUUACGAUGUUGAUUGGAUGAACAAUGACACUUUUGCCACAUGUUCAAAAGAUAGAAAAAUUUAUGUUUGGCAGAUUGGAGAGGACAUCCCUAUAAGGAAAUUCUCUGGGCAUAAGCAUGAAGUUUAUGCUAUAAAAUGGGAUCCAACUGGCUCUUUGUUGGCUUCAUGCUCGGGAGAUAAGACUGUAAAGAUAUGGAGAAUUGAUGAACAAAAACAUUUGUAUGACUUUCGGGAGCACACUGAGCUAGUGCGUACCAUUAGCUGGAGGCCGCCAGGGCCUAAUGGAGCAAACAAUUCCAAUCAGCAAGCAGUGCUGGCUAGUGCUUCAUUUGACUCGACUAUCAAGCUAUGGGAUGUAGGGCAAGGAAGGCUUUUGAACAGCUUGAACGUCCACAGGGAUGCAAUAUAUACCAUUGCAUUUAGCCCGAACUGUGAGUAUUUGGCAAGCGGGGGUGCCGAUCAGUGCCUGCAUAUAUGGUCUGUGAAAGAAGGCAAGAUAGUGAAGAUCCGCAGAAUGAAUGUUUCUAUUUUUGCGGUAUGUUGGAACAGAGAAGGUGACAAGAUCGCCGCGAGUUUGGCAAGCGGUGCCGUAUGUGUUGUGGAUUUCAGGUAUUAACUAGCUCCAUCACUCCAUCUACUCUUGGGUGCUUGUCAUUCCCAUUUCAAAGCAUACGCACACGCGCACCCGUGUGCGCACGCACACACACCCGAAAAAAAGAAAUAGAAAAUGGAACGUACAAGAGUUUGUCUCUUAAUCUCAGGCAGGUUCUAUAAGGACCUGUUGCUUAUUGUGGAGAUCUGUUUGAUUUGCUUUUUUCUCUUUUCAUUUCCCUUUCUGGGGAAGAGAUUGUUUGAUUAGCUGGAGUGGAUAAUUGUGCUGAUCAAUUGUUCGGCAUAGACAUUUGUUCCUCUUGAGGAUAAUUGAUAUAAAAACUUUUUGUUGCCAUGCGGAGGAACUGUAUUAACAGAAAUGUUGCUUACCAUUA